CCUCAACCAUGGCGACCUCUGGAAGGAAUGGGACGUUGGAUCCGUUUAAAACGUUUGAUAUUAGUUUGGAGGAAAGAAAAGCCGCGGAAGAGCGAGCAAAGAUGAGGGGUCAGCUGAAGAAUGAAUGGCAGAAGAAAAUGACUAAUCCACACCGCGCUGUUGGGGAUUAUGUUUUUGAUCCAGCUUUGCAGAGGUUUAAUUCAAUGAGGGUCUCACAGUAUGACUAUUUUAAAGCCACGCCCAAAACAACAGCAUGGGGCUUUGCCCUGCUGAUUGUCCCAAUGGUUGGUUUAGGAUGGUUGGUGCUUGACUCUAAGAUAAAAGAAGAAAAACGGUUCAGAAAUGGGGAAGUCAUGUACAAAGACCGCUCCUUCAAGUUUAUAUAGUGCACAGCUCAGAAUUUCCUCAUUAAAACUUAUCAAGAUAACAGGUGUGUGUGUGUUAUGUCAUUGCAAAUGUAAUCUGGUGUAUACUGAGAAAAGAGAAACUUUGUAGUUGCUUAUUUGUUGCCAAAUUUCUUAUUGUACAUACUGUAUACUGACUCUAACAAUAAAAAAAGUUUUGAUAAA